GUCACCUCACCUCACGCUUACAGUCUUACGGCGAAGCGUAAAGCAUAAACACCUCGGGGUUCUUAUUACAAAAAGGUUAAAAAUAAAAGAAAAAUGACAGAGGACUACAGAAAUAACCCAUCGAUUAUAAACUUCGUCGAAUAUUUGCGAAUACCGAGCGUUCAACCGAAUGUUAAUUAUGAUGAAUGCGUCAAUUUCCUCAAACGGCAGAGUAAUGAACUGGGCCUCCAGUUUAAGGUAUACGAGAUGGUACCUCAGAAACCGAUCGUUGUGUUGACUUGGCUGGGGCAGGAUCCUGCACUUCCAGCAAUUUUACUCAAUUCACACAUGGACGUUGUACCCGUAUUCGAGAAUAGCUGGACUUACCCACCAUUUAGUGGGCAUAUAGACGAAGAUGGUAAAAUCUUCGCUCGAGGCUCGCAGGACAUGAAGUGUGUUGGCAUACAAUAUCUUGAGGCGAUUCGAAAAUUAAAAAAAUCUGGGGUCAACGUAAAGCGAACUCUGCACCUCAGCUUCGUACCUGAUGAAGAAAUCGGCGGCCAUGACGGUAUGAAGAAGUUCGUCCUUACCGACAGUUUUAGAGCCCUGAAUAUUGGGUUUGCUUUGGACGAGGGAAUGGCCAAUCCAGGGGAAGAGUUCGUGAUAUUCAACGGAGAAAGGAGCAUUUGGCAAAUUCACGUUAUCUGCACUGGUCAACCUGGUCACGGAUCCCUUCUUUUGCCAAAUACAGCAGGGGAAAAGCUACGAUAUAUAAUCAAUAAAUUUAUGGACUUGAGAGAAGAACAAAAGCACAUUCUUGACAGCAAUCCUCAUUUCACGAUUGGAGAUGUAACCACCAUUAAUUUGAACCAAUUGUUUGGUGGUGUUCAAUCGAACGUUAUUCCGGAAAAACUAACCGCUGUUUUUGAUUGCCGUCUGGCCGUAACGGUGGACCACGAGAAAUUUGAAAAUAUGGUUAAACAGUGGUGUAAAGAAGCAGGUGAAGGAGUAACUUACGAGUUUGAACAAAAAAAUCCAUGCGUUGAGGUCACCAAAACCGAUAAUACUAACCCUUACUGGAUGGCUUUCAAGUCUGCAGCUGACGAAAUGAAGCUGAAGUUGGACUGCAGAAUAUUUCCUGGUGGUACAGACAGCAGAUACGUCCGUCGAGUGGGCAUACCGGCAAUCGGAUUCUCUCCUAUGAAUCAUACACCUGUCCUCCUCCACGAUCACGACGAAUUUCUUCGCUCCGACAUCUUCUUAAGAGGCAUCGACAUUUACGUGAAAUUGAUCCCAGCUGUUGCCAAUGUUUAAUUGAAAUAAUAUUUUACCUAAGAGGGAGAUGACCUGCAGUACCUAAACGAUGUAAAAUUGUAUUUUGUCUUUUAACUACUAUCGCCAAUUAUUACACAAUUAUUACAUUUAUAAUGCUAAUCUUUGAAAAAAAAAAAUGUAUGUUGUGAUAUUACUAAUUAAAUAUCUGUAUAACGUGUUAAUAGAAGAUAUUAUCAUUGUAAUAAAUAUAAUCAUGUUAUAGUAUUUUAACGUUGUCGUUAAUAAAUGACUCUGUUCAA